AUGAUGGAUGAAUCUGCUGAUGUCUCUCGUCAUGAGCAAGUAUGCUUAGUUAUACGUUACACUGAUGAUCAGUUUCAUGUAUAUGAACGUUUUAUUCGAUUUGAACGAACAUCUUGCACAACUGGUGAAGUUGAUCAAUGUUAUGACAGUGCUAGUGCCAUACGUGCCAUAUAUAAAGGUAUAGCAGCUCAUUUAAUACAAUUUAUACCUAUUGCUUUAUACAUUCACUGUAAUGGACAUAUUUUAAAUUUAUGUUUAAUUGAUUUAUCGGAAGUUGUAGUACCUAUUAGAAAUAAUUCUAGUAUUAUCAAAUCACUUUACCAUCUAAUUGAAGUAUCAGCAAAAAGACAUCACAUUUUUGACGAUAUUCAAAAACAAGCAGGUUUAGCAUCUAUUCCAUUAAAGCAAUUGUGCGAUACGCGCUGGUCGUGUCGUUAUGAAUCUUUAACGGUGGUUUUAACACAUUGUGCUGAAAUAAUAACUGUUUUGAAAGAAAUUGGAGUUGGUGAUGUAUUUAUAAUGUUACAUGUUAUGCAAACAUUUGAUUUUAUUUUUCAUAUUCAUUUGAUGAGUGAGGUGUUUCUUCUUACGAAUAUAUUAUCAAAAUAUUUACAGAAAUCUGAUGUAUCUUUGACUCAAGCAUUGACUCAAGUCAAAAUGACUAUUGCAUCACUUAAGUGGAUGAGAAGUGAACAUGAAUUCAAUCGUAUUUGGAAUGAAACUGGAUAUUUGUAUAACAAAUAA